UUACUUGAAGUUGUCAGUGACGAGAUCCGCAAUUUUAUAGAAUAAAUCAGCCAAAAUAUGUCGAAAAGGAUCGCUCAGAGCUCUGUAAACUGGGCCGCCCUGGCCGAAAGGGUCCCAGCGGAACAGAAAGCUAGCCUUGCUGCUUUCAAAGUCAAGUCCGAUGGCUAUCUACGAAGGGUGUUGGCUAACCCUUCUGAGUUACCUAAGAUCAACUGGGCACUUUACAAGCAGACCAUUCCCAUUCCCGGAAUGGUGGACACUUUCCAAAAGCAAUACGAAGCCCUCAAGAUCCCGUACCCUGCUGACACCAUGACCGCUAAAGUUGACGCUCAAUGGGUAGAUGUAAAGAAAGCAAUCGAUGCAUUUGUCCAAUCAUCGAAUGCAAACAUUGCGUCGUUCGAAAAGCAGAUCCAAGAGACCAAGGCGAUCUUACCUUAUGAACAGAUGACCAUGGAAGACUUCAAAGAGGCCCACCCCGAUAUUGCCAUCGAUCCUCUCAACAAGCCUACAUUCUGGCCUCAUGAUGCCGAAGAGCAACUGGACUAUGUUAACCCAGAAAAACAAGCUCAUUCCGGUCACUAGAUAAAGCUACUACACACAUCAAGGGCUUACAAUAAGUUCUAUUAAAAAAUGAUCAAUGUAGAACAUUAUUUGUGAAGUAUACCAUCUUAAGCUGAAGUGAAUAAUAUAUUGUUCUGUAUAAUUUAUGUAGGAAUAAAGUAAUAUGUUUCCA